AUGUUGGAAAUGGGAGACUGUGAGAAUGAAUACAAUGGCUCGCCAGUGGCUGCCGUUGGCCCAGAGAUCCGAUCUCCGCUGAAAUCGCCUGCAAGAACGCCCAAGCUGAAGACACCAGGAGCAUCAGCCGCUAAGCUGGCUCCGAAUCAUACAAUCUUCAUGGCCAAUAUCGACAGUUCGCCCAGUAGGCGAAAAGAAGAUCGCAAUAAUGGAGGCGGCUCGUCAUCGACAAGAGUUAUAGAGAACUUACACGAUCAGAUUGAUACCUUGACCAGCACGAAUUUGCAACUCACGCUGCAGUCGAAUAACCUUCUGAGUAGAUUGGAGGCGGCACAGCAACGAGAAGCCAAAUUACUGGAGACUACAGCCUCUUUGAGACAUGAGAACGAGAAUGUUGCGUCUAUGUUGAACAGGAAGUCCAGGAAGUUGAAGGAUUUGGAAGACGAUUUUGUCAAAUUAGAUGAGAAAUACAAUAGCUUAUUGAAGGAUAAGGCAGAUUUAGAGGAUAGAGUUCGAGAUACAUCCGAGAAAGAGAGUAAACUAAAGCAGGAGAUCGAAAUGGUGAAAGCUCAGUAUGAUGCUUUGGUAGACUCUCAGGAUUACUACAGAAAGCACUACACUUCAGAGUUGGACACGUUGAGAGGGCAGCUAGAUUUACUUAAACAAGAGCAAAGGCGCCGUCUCGAGCAGUCUAAGGCGGAGGAAGCUCUUCUAGAUACAAAGCUCUCGGAAUUUGAGACGAAAUGCGAGAACUGGAAAGGAUUGGACGAUGCUCGAUUGUCGCAUUUGGAGAGUAAAUGUAACGAUAUUGUGAGCCAGUUGGACCUUCCCGCAUGGAUUAACCUUUAUAAGGAAAGUAAGAACAUGCUUCUGAAGUGUGGGCAGGAAAUGAAUAUCAAAAUUCCAGAAGAUCUCGAGCGGACUAUGCAAGACCCCAGCAUGACGUCGCUGGAACUCACAUCCCAGCAACGAAAUGUCUCUCCAGGCUUGUCACUCAAGAUGGCUAAAGUCAGAAGUGGGAGAUCAACUACCUCGCCUAACGUUAACACAUUCUCAAAUGCUCCUCACGCGAAAAGAAGCAGCUUCUAUGGCGGUGCAAAACAGAUACCUCAGUCAGUAACGGGCUCUUUACCAGGGCUCAAGAGGUCGUCGUCGAGGCGGAAGAACAGCGGGAGAGCAGAACAGAUCAAUUCUUCUGCUGAGGCAUCGCCGGUAUUGCGACAGGCCUCUCGAAAUGCAUCGUCACCAUCACCAAGGAUGGUAUCGCAGGCAACCUUCCGGAAAAGCUGA